AUGUCAGCAUCCUCGCAACAGGGCGAUCUUGCCGCCGUCAAAGACACGGUGCGGGACUCUACCUCUAAGCCUCUCGGCGGCACGAUCCCCCACAUCCCAGAGUCCAAGGAGGAGCUCAAGACCGAGGCCAAGGCUGUGGCCUCGGCGGGUGCUGCACAACUGCGCUCGUUUGCCGCUGGUGGCUUCGGAGGUGUCUGCGCCGUCGUUGUCGGUCAUCCCUUUGACCUCGUCAAGGUCCGCCUGCAAACGGCCGAGAAGGGCGUUUACUCGUCUGCCAUCGAUGUUGUCCGGAAGAGCGUUGCGCGCGAUGGUAUGAGAGGCUUGUACGCGGGCGUCAGUGCGCCGCUCGUUGGUGUCACCCCAAUGUUCGCCGUCUCAUUCUGGGGUUACGACCUUGGCAAGACUCUGGUGCGCAGCGCGACGUCCAACCGGGACGGGCCCCUCUCCAUAGCGCAAAUCUCCGCCGCCGGCUUCUUCUCCGCCAUACCAAUGACUGCCAUCACGGCGCCCUUUGAGCGCGUCAAGGUGAUCCUGCAGGUUCAGGGCCAGAAGCAGCUCGCGCCCGGCGAGAAGCCGCGCUACAGCGGUGGCGUGGAUGUCGUACGGCAGCUGUACAAGGAAGGUGGUGUACGGUCUGUCUUCCGCGGCAGCGUAGCGACGCUGGCGCGUGACGGUCCCGGGUCGGCGGCAUACUUUGCUGCGUACGAGUACAUCAAGAGGAAGCUGUCACCCGUCGACCCUGUCACCGGCAAGCCGAGCGGGGAGCUGAGCCUGAUGGCCAUUACAUGUGCCGGUGCUGCGGCUGGAAUCGCCAUGUGGAUCCCGGUCUUCCCUGUCGACACGGUCAAGAGCAGGCUGCAGACUGCCGAGGGCAAUGUCACGAUCGGUGGUGUCAUCAAGGGCUUGUAUGCUAAGGGUGGCUACAAGGCUUUCUUCCCCGGCUUUGGACCGGCUCUGGCGAGGGCCGUCCCGGCCAAUGCUGCGACGUUUUUGGGUGUUGAGCUGGCUCACCAAGCCAUGAACAAGGUGUUUGAUUGA